CACUUCAUGAUGCUCCCAUGUGUGACAGAGACAGAAAAGAAAUGAGUUAUGGAACCAGAAGUUAGGACUGACGCUCACAUGUGGGAGGCAGAAGUCCCAGAGGCCGCAAAGAUGAACGACAUAGACGCCAUGUUCAGUCACCUGCUCGGAGAGAUUGAUCAUCUCUCUCAGAGUUUGUCGUCUGCAGCAGAGGCACCAGAAGAGGAUCCUGCUUCACACAGACACAGCACCUUCUCCAUCGGCUUCACGGACCUGAAUGAGUCUCUUAAUGAGCUGGAGGACCAUGACCUGGACGCCCUGGUGGCUGACCUGGGAUCAAAAUCAACCACACAAGAUCUUGCCACUGAACAACAGACCAGCAGCGCUACAGAUAAUCAAACUGCACCAUCUGCCAUGACUCAGGGAUAUGAGGCAACAGCUGCCCUUCCUCUACCACCGAACACUGCUGAAUUUUCUGGAGAGCUGCAGAGGAAUGAACCACAGACAAAGGCAGACAAAAUUAAACUGGCUCUGGAGAAGCUGAAAGAAGCCAAAGUGAGGAAGUUGAUAGUAAAGGUGAUGAUGGGUGACGGCAGCUCCAAGACUCUGAUGGUGGAUGAAAGACAAACGGUGAGGGACGUUUUAGACAAGCUGUUUGAGAAGACUUACUGUGACUGCAGCAUCGACUGGAGUCUGUGCGAGACCAAUCCUGAGCUGCUGAUUGAGAGAGGCUUUGAGGACCAUGAAAGUUUAGUGGAGCUGCUGUCCUCGUGGACUCGCCACAGUGAAAACAAAAUCUAUUUUGUGUCAAGACCUCAGAAGUAUGUGAUGUUCAAAGACCCACAGUUAUUUUACAUGUGGAAGAAGAAGAAGUCGGUUUUGAGUGGGAUUAAUGAACAUGCCAAAAAACUCUUAAUCAAGGAGCAUUUUGGGGGCUCUACGGUGAUUGUUCCUAAUCUUGAGGGCAUGCUGCACCUGAAGGAAGAUGGGAAGAAGGUUUGGAAACCUCGCUACUUCUUGCUCAGGGCCUCGGGCAUCUACUACGUACCCAAGGGAAAGACAAAGUCCUCCAGUGAUCUCGCCUGUUUUGUCCGUUUUGAAAAGGUCAACAUCUACACCACCAACAACUACAAACAGAAAUACAGAGCCCCCACCAACUUCGGCUUCAUGCUGAAGCAUCCCUGCAUCCAGAAAGAGUCUCACUACAUCAAGUUCCUUUGCUGUGACAACGAACACACACUGUUGCUGUGGGUGAACUCCAUCAGAAUAGCCAAGACGGAUCCAAGAGCCACGCCACUGGGAUCAGCCCACAUCUGGAUCCAUCUCCACCCAAAAUCACAGCUGUUGAAGACUAUUCACAGGAGUCACCACCUGACUUCAUCCCUCCUCCUCCGGGCCACACACACAUUUGAGACACAUCUUCACCUCCCUCUGUGUACCAUGGUUAACUUCCCACCCAAACUUUUACAUCUGGUCAUACAAAUGUCUGAUAAUGAGGCUUCAGUCAUGGACAAACAUGUAGUCAUUGUAGUAGUAGCGUUACAUGCCUAUGAUGCAAAGUAGCAUAUUCUUUAAGUUAUUUAUUCUCAAAUCUAUAAUGAUAUUUGUGUUUCGUUUUGCACAAAUAUAUUAACAUACAUAACAGUAUGUUGUAAAUUACUACGUUUUGCGUCAGCUUUACGAAACCAAACGAACAGUUCUGUUCAUUGUUUCAAUGAGCUGUUUAUUACAAAAAGACUGUACAUAAAUUUCAAUCAACACAUCCUAUGUACAAACUGAGAGGAGAAGACAAAUAUCAGAUUCUGUUCCCAUGAACAUUUAAGUUACUGAUCGUUAUUUUUUUUUUCCACGUUUGAUCAUAAGAAAACACACAUCAAAGAAAGGCGCCUUGACCUGUGAUGCCCUGAAAUGCUCAACGUUAAGUGGUAAACAUUACAAAGUUCUGCACGUCAGUGGUUGUCUCAUGAUUUCUCUAUGAAAAAAGUAUAAAUAAAUCCUUUACAUACAAACUGCCAACGAACCUUCCUCAGCAGUCUCAGACAUAAGAACAAGUUGAAUGCAAAGCUAAAAAUACAUUAGGUAGAAAAAGUUGUUUUCUCACAAAAAAUUACCUCAUGAUGGAAAAAAUACAAUCAAGAAUGGGAUGUAGUGGCAAAUCAUUCGCUGUAAUGACGGUUAGAUACUUUCAUGCACAGAGGCUCAAUGAAUACUGUUGAUCUGACUGAGUCUUUGUCUUUUCUAGUCCGUGUAGAAACCUGAAAAUGUUACCUCUAGAUCCAUUUCAGAAUAAAAGUUCAUGUCCAAUGCCCAUUAUCUCUAUAGUACAUGUGAUUAUGUUUGUUUAUGUGACUUGUUAGAAACAUAUAUUCUGAGAUAAGCAUUAGCUUCAAUGAUAUUUGACAGUGAGCUUUACUUGCACCAACAAUCACUUUGUAAGAGCAGGCAUCUUAUUUUGCAAAAGUAGUAGAAAUCGAGAAAAAAAGAAAAGUCUUCGUAUAAGCCCUCAGGAUUGCAUUUCAUUCCCUCACUGCAGAUAGCGCAUGUCGUUCAUGUGUAGCACAGACUCUAGAGAAAAAAAAUGUAAGUAGCAGACUGAUUCUAGCUGUAGUACAUUACUGCUGAGUCACCUACAUUCACUACAAUGCAGAAGUGGUUGAAGAUCAAAACGACCAAUGUUCACUUCCUGGAACAAAAUAAGGAGGCUUACAUCCUUUGUUAUAUUUCUAUGUAGAGCAGUCUUGUUUUGAGGUUGUCUGGGUUGGUGACUAUGGUUAUUGAGCACCAGUGUGAAGCACCACACCAUCAACCGCUGAAAGAAAUGACAACAAACGUAAAGGUUAGCUGAUACUUGAUCUGAUCCUGCGUUGCAAUCAGAGCCAUGAAGGAAAAUCAUAAAGUCAUCACAGUCGUUGAUAACUAAUCAGUGCAGCUAUUCCAACACAAUGGAAAACAACAUGAAAACACACAAGUCAGUCCUUCCUCUGCUUCACAUUUUGAAGCAAGAAACAUCUCGGAGCUCUGCUACAGUAGCUGGACAGCAUCACCAAGUAUAGUGACAGUGAUCAAAGUGAUACAGCUGUGACUUAACAGAAAAAAUACAUGUUUAUACACGGCCACUUUUGCCCAGAUAGAGUUGAAAUGGCACUGUGAGUGAUGAAUAAAAUCAAUAUUCAAGUAAAAAUAAACACAAAAUAAAAAAAACAAAACAAAAAAAAAACAAUCUUGGCACCACCUCCACUGACGCUGAUGGAAACUCACAGGUGAAACACACUAUCUGACAAAUGUACUGUACUGGCAGCUUCUCACAUUACAGUUUAUAUACACGUUAGAGAACAGAAAGAAACUCCACCAGAAAGAAGAAACGGUUUUCUUUUUUUCUUUUUUUGUAAUGUAUUUUAUACACUCACUCCACCCUUUGUAACAGCAUCCCCACCGACACAGAGCAUA